AAGCUUAAGCCAGUGUCAAACACAAUUGUUAUUCUGUUUAUAAACGUGCUCGACAUGAUAUUACACUGCAUUAUAAUUUUAGCAUAACGUUGAGGGUAAUGAUGUCAGCUUGCGUUUUAUGUUGUGAUUUUUUAGAAGCAAUAGUUGCGCUGUUACGUUUAAGAUUGAUUUUCUUGGAUUAUAUUGAGUUUGCCAGAUUCGUUCUCUGUGAUGUGAACGUCAAACGCGCAUUUUGUUUACUUUCUAAGUUUCUAUUUAUGUGAUUUGUAUUUUGUGAGGAGAGAGUUGUGAUGUUAGUCGCACUAUCUGUGUCUUAUCAUGUAUCUACCGAAUAAAUUAAUUUCGGAAAGGGUUUAAUUAGAUGUGACAGUUUUGCGCUGAUGUUACGCGUGUGAAGUGUUUUGUGGACAAGUGUUAUUUGAGGGUAUGAGCUGUGAUUAAAAUGCUGGCCUCCGCAGCUUCAGCUAAUAUUGCAAGGAAUUCCUUGUCGACAAUGUUCCAAGCGCGUCGCUCCGUUGACCGACCUCUGGUUAUGAGUCACCCAGAGAAGCAAUCACUCGCAAACCGCCCACCACCUCCAGCCACUAUAGUCCCACGCGCGGCUGAUGGUCCAAUUCCUCCAGGUUGGAAUGGCCAGCCCAAACGACAUGGCUCCAGUAGGUUCAACGUUCAAAAUAAUAAGGAACAGGAAUUAGUGAAAUUACCCUCUAUUAGAGAUGCCCCAGCAGCGGAGCGUGAACAGUUGUUCGUGCAGAAGAUUCGGCAAUGCUGCUUAUUGUUCGACUUUGCAGACGAGCCUUUGUCGGACCUCAAAUGGAAGGAGGUCAAGCGGGGUGCACUGCUGGAAAUGGUGGAGUACAUCACCUCACAGCGUGACGUCAUCACAGAGGCUAUAUACCCGGAGGCUGUUAAUAUGUUCGCAGUCAACUUGUUCCGAACAUUGCCGCCCUCAUCAAACCCAAAUGGUGCGGAAUUCGAUCCUGAAGAAGAUGAGCCAACCCUGGAGGCGGCGUGGCCACAUUUGCAACUGGUUUACGAGCUGUUCCUUCGACUGCUUGAGUCGCCAGACUUCCAGCCAAAUAUAGCCAAGAAAUAUAUUGACCAAAAGUUUGUCUUGCAGCUCCUCGAACUAUUCGACACAGAGGACCCAAGAGAGCGGGACUUUCUCAAGACUACUCUACAUAGGAUAUAUGGAAAAUUUCUAGUUCUACGUGCCUAUAUAAGGAAACAGAUCAACAAUGUUUUCUAUAGGUUUAUAUAUGAGACGGAACAUCACAACGGCAUUGCCGAGUUAUUAGAGAUACUUGGAUCAAUUAUUAACGGCUUCGCGUUGCCACUCAAAGAGGAACAUAAACAAUUUUUGCUUAGGGUAUUACUCCCACUGCACAAGGCAAAAUCUCUAUCAGUCUACCACCCACAGCUGGCCUACUGCGUGGUGCAGUUCCUUGAAAAGGAUCCGUCUCUCACACAGCCCGUUGUUCGGGCAUUACUUAAAUACUGGCCGAAGACACAUUCACCAAAGGAGGUGAUGUUCUUAAAUGAGAUGGAAGAAAUCCUAGACGUUAUAGAACCGGCAGAGUUCCAGAAAAUCAUGGAUCCGCUGUUCCGUCAACUGGCCAAGUGCGUUUCAAGCCCACAUUUUCAGGUCGCAGAACGCGCACUAUACUACUGGAACAAUGAGUACAUUAUGUCUCUAAUAUCGGACAACGCGACUCACAUAUUGCCAAUAAUGUUCCCGUCGCUGUACUGCAAUACAAAGUCUCACUGGAACAAGACAAUCCACGGCCUGGUCUACAACGCCCUUAAGCUCUUCAUGGAGAUGAACCAAAAACUCUUCGAUGAAUGCACGCAACAAUUCAAGCAGGCGAAAGAGAAGGAGAUAGAACGGCUUCAUCAGCGCGAAGAACUAUGGCAGCGGUUGGAGGCUGUGGCGGCGACUAAUCCCGCCUGUCGACAGCUUGACUCUGAACCGCUCACGCCUGAUGCUGAGAUCCGAAAGAAUCACAACGCUACUAAGCCACUACUGCGCAAGAAAUCUGACCUGCCAGCUGACGCCUCCACUGUGAAGGCCCUCAUUGAACACAAGCGGCCAGACCCAUAUCUCACGACCCCACCGGACGCGGACAAGUGCUAGCGGACUUUGCCCCACGGGGGCCUUUGCCCCGAUCGGGAAUAAGUGCAAGCUGAGUAAGUGACCCCAAAAACAUUCCCAAAUGUGAAAUUUCAACUUUAUCUGGACUCAUUUGGUGCCAACGGCCUUUAUGUGAAGUGAAAUCGGUACGAAUUCUAUGAGAUCAAAAAUCACGACAAACUUCAUACUAGAAUUUGGCGCUUUUUGUAUUCUUUAUAACAAAAUAUCAUCAUCACUGAUACUAAAGUUUAAUAUUGUUAAAAAAUAAUCAACAGUUUAUUCUAAUCGCUAAACUCAUUGGGACCAUGAAGUUAGCGCCGAUCCAAAAUGAUCGCGAAAUUAGCCAUGCCAUAAUUACAUUGAAGUUAGCCGCACAUCUAAACACUGUCGUGAAGUUAGCACAAGUGUCAUUACGUUCUAAUCCACAUUUUUUUAAAUUGUUAAUAGUCACAGAGCUUAUUCACAUCGUUUAUGAAGUUUGCCGCUGAAUAUUAUAUUCGGCGUCGCAAACUACACGCAUAAGACAAUAAAUACAAAAUGACUAUUAUUAAAAAUAUAUUUAUUGUAUUAUCUCUAGCCUUAUCGUUUAUUUUUGAUCAUAACAUAACAGAAAAUGCAAGAAUUGGCUAUUAAGACAAAUAUAUUUUAUUUACGAUAAUUGUUUAAUGUCGCACGAAGUUCGCAAUAAUUCUAUUUGCCGAUGGCCAUUUGAUCUUCGCACUAAUCACCUCCUAAUGUAUCUCACAUUCGACUCAGGGAGUGACUUAUAUGUCACAAAGUAUUUGAUAUACGGUUCGGUUCGAUCUAGUGGACUAUGAAUGUUUGAGAGUAUGAACGGAAAGAUUUGAUAUCAAAGUCAAAUAAUGUGACAUUAAUUUUAACAUGUAGAAGACAAAUAUAAAAUUAUUUAUACGAGUUCAUACUCUAUUUUUAGAUACACAAUAGAUUUCACUAAGUGUUAGAAAAUAAGUUUUGUAAAAUUUGACAUAAUUCACAAAUAAGUAAUAAACGUUGGUACUAAAACCAUUCACAGCUUACGAUAGCAAAUAGUAUAUGAACACAAUUUUUUGAUGUAAUUUCGAAGAUUUAAAAACUUUAUCAUUAUCAACAACAGCAUUUAACUUUUUUCAUUAAUAUCUUACACUUAAAUAGUGCCAAUAUUAGAUUUGAUCAUUGACUUCACAAUAAGAAAGGUUGUGUGGAUCAUGAUUUCAUUUCCAAUGUUGUCAACCACAGUCCUGUUCUCGACAGAAGCCAGAUUGAUUAUACAAAUAUAACUUUACGUGUUACGAUAAUCAUAAUUGUUUAGCACUGUGUGUACAGCGGCACUGCAAACUCAUUGUUUAAUGAAUACUAGAAUAUUUUUAGUUGUAUUUAGUUAAAUUAUAAACCUCACGAUAGAAUUACAUAGUUAAAAAUAAUUAUAGUUAUACGUUUCUUGUUGUAGGUAAAUUAUUGUCCUAGUCUAUUGACAUUUUAAAACGAUUAUUUACCUCAUUGACAUAAAGUUUUCAGUUCUUGCCAUAACAAAAAUGUGUGUUAGCUCCGAUGUUAAAUAAUUUAUUACUAAUAAAUUUCACGUUUUCAAUUAACUUUAAAGUGUCAAUAUACAGGUCUACUUAAUGUUUUCAAUGACUCAUAACUCGAUAAAGGUAACGCCACAUAGUUUCCAAACAUCUAAUUGGUUACCAUGGCAACACUCUAUAGUCCAUCUUUUAUAUAUGCGUUUAAAUAACAUAGCAAAUGGCGUAUAGAUUAUCGACGUCUGUCUCUUCACGUGUUGGGGAUCUAUUUUUGAAAUUACAUUUAUCGAAUUAAAGUUAUAUAACGUUAACAGUUUAUAUUCGUGCUGCAUAUUGUGCGAAAUUCUGAGUCUGAUUUUGUGUAAGAUGUAUUUAUUUCUACACACACGUAUGACUGUUUAGAAUGAACUAAUUUAGCUUGACUGUAAGUUUUGUAACGCUGUAAUAUUAGUUAGGUAUAUCAAAUUGUCCAAUAUUAUUUAUUUCUAGGCACUUUUCCGAUCGCCAUUUGUUUAAUUAUGUAUGAAUUUUAUCUUCUAUUGGUAUACGUUCGGUUGUUUAUUUUAUAUUUAUCUUUUCUAAUAAUUCACUGCACCGAAUCCAGCAAAUAAUUGUUAUCCGUAAUUUAACCUGUAAGUUAAGUUUACCGCACGACUGUACGUGCCGAGUAGUUAAGGUCUAGCAGUAUUCACGCUUCAGGAAGCGACUUAUUGCAAGUUUUGUAUGACUUAGUAUAAGUUUGCGUGUACAGUCGCGCGGUACUGUGUGUAUAAAGAUCUCGGAGUGCGAAUGAAUGGACUGAGUACACGAUAGCGAAUUAUUUGCGACGCUAUUUAACAAAUUUUUGUAUAAAUAUUUAUAACGAUAAUGUAACUGUUGAAAACAAAAUAUUGUAACAAAUGACAUAUUAUAAGGUGCUUAUGAUUAUCGUUAUAAUACAAAGUUGUGCAUAUAAGACGCUGUUUAAUUUAUUGGUAUUUCUACCCAAGGAUCACAUUUUCAAAGAUUGAUUGUGUGUGUAAGGCAAGGCGCAUGUGCGGUACUGCGGUAGUGCCAUUUUAGUAGAAGAAAUCAUUAUAUAAUCUGUAAAGUAUUGAGUAUGGAGAGUUAUAAACAGAGCGACGGUUUCGAGGGUCGUUUGUGAGGUUUCACUGAGGUUUUUACUUAACGCAUCUUUUAUUUAACUAUAGCCGUAUGAUGUGCGCGGGAUCAAUUGGCGGAUUUCCGCCAUUUGUUUAGGAUAUGAAUACACUGUUUGCACAGAAAAUUAAAUCUAUUAACAAAGAAAG